CGACUGCGACAAUUCUGAGACGACGCACACGCGACGAGGCGCAAGCCGAGCCCAUAUUUGAUUCUGCACGCAAUAUAGCGAAUCACCGCCAGCACCCCGCGGUCACACAGUCACCACCGUCAUCUGGCGCUUGUGAUUGCGUCGGUCCUGUUCAUCACCAACACCGACCCCAUCCUUCCACGACGAACACUCAUAUUCAGGAACCAUCUACAACAAUUCGCGCCCUGACAUGCGUCGCAAAUCCGUUCGAGGCUAGUGCUCAUCAUCGACCGCGCCCGGACCCACAAUGUCUCGCGACGAGGCCUCGGAGCGGAGCCCGCUGGGCGAGCGUGGCAUGAAUGUCUUGCCUGCCUCCGAAUACUUGCAGGAACGUUUGCAAGAACGACGCGCACGGCAAUUGCGCCCCAAACGCGCGCGACACACCGACUUUGGCGUCCAGUUCACAAGAGGCCGCGACGAUGACAUCUUCCUGGCCGAAGCGAACGCGAGCCGCAAUCCUAGGAUGUACGACAGCUCACCACUGGCCGCUGCGAGCAGUCGCGCCUCGGACGCUGGGUCGCAAAACAGCGAUCGAAGGCGGAGAGCACCGGGCGUGCGCGACAUGGACGAGCAAUUGGACCGCCUGCACAAGCAGAAUUUCGCGUUGAAGCUGGAGUUGGAUCAUCGCCGCGAAUUGACUCAAAAGUUGCGAGAUCAAAUGGAGGCCAUGCAAGAUCAAGUCGAUCGCGCGCUAGUCCUGGAGGAAGAACACAAGGAACUGCUGCGCAUCAACAGCGAGCUGGUGUUUGAGUUGGAGAAGCGCGACAAGGCAGUCGAAGAAGCCAUGGACAUCAUUUGCGACCUUGAAGAUCAAGUGGGCGAUCUGCAGGAACGUGGCAGCACUACCAGGCCUUCUACGGCACAGGCAGACUCUGGCUAUGCGAGCACCGAGAUCCAUGACCAAGACUUGCGCUCAUCACCACCACGCGCCGCUGGCGUAUCCCAGACACCAGCCGUCAAGGUUCAACCACCUUCGAAUCAUGCUUCAGCCGCAACCCAGAAGCUCCAAGGCCUUCUCAACACACAGACUCCCGCGAAGCCUAAGAGGCAGCCAUCAGUCUUGAGUUCGAGAAAGCCCAGCACCCAGGCGCUGCGAAGUGUGUAUCUGGAAACCUCGAAAUCGCUGAAACCGGUGCAGAGCUUCCAGUCGCUAUUGGAGAGACAGGAGGGGAAGACUGAAGACGACACCGAUGAGCUGCCGAGUUCGCCACGAUUGAGCGCCCUCAGCGAAAGCAGUUUUCCGUCCCUCUACAGCCCGAAGAAAGCCGUCAGUCCCGAUAAGUAUGCGUGGGAAGCUACUGACCAGACGAAGAGUAUGGCCGCCUCCCUGGGCUCUCGUGCACACAUGCGUCAGGAUAGCAUCAAACGGGUCAGCCAGUGGAUGUCCGAGCGUGAUGCGAUCGAAACGACGCCAUCCAAGUCGAACCGCAUCUCUCCACCCCUGCAAGAUGAGUCCGAUCACCAACCCCUUGGGCACCGUCCUCGCUAUCAGUCCCUCAACAAUGCGCUGGCAGCCUCGAAGGAGCCAGCAACGUUAGAGCCGGCACCUGAGCUCAAACAGUUCCAGCACCAAUUACGCAAGCAGAAGCCUGGCAGAAACCAACCUCGACCGCUUAGCUAUAAUGGUCCUGCCUUUGGUGAACAUAACAUGCCACCUACGCCAGAUAGCGUAAGCACCAGAAUGCUUCGGGAGUCGCGAUCUUCUAUCGUCAGAGAUAAGAGUCUGGUCGAUAAUGUGCCUUCGCCGCUCAAAAGCUUCGAACUUCCCGAGUCUGGCCUUCGCACUGCACCACGUCAGAUGAGAUCUUCAGUCGAGCUUCGCACUGCUUACAACAGCAACCUCCAAUUUCGAUCUACAGCAUUAGACGGGCACGACCACGACGACAGCUCAGACGAGGAGUACAUUCCGCAGGAGCCAAAGAGUCUUCGCGACGAUGAGGUGAAGGCUUUCGCCUUUGAUCAGAAUUACGACUUUGCGAAUGGGCAGUCAAUCGACCAGGGCAUAUCGACCAGCUUCCAGUCACAUUCGCGACAACCUGAUGAUGUCAUGUUCAAUCGCAAUGAUAUAUCGCCGACACUGAGGCCUCAAACGAUAGAACGUAGGAGAUCCAGCGGUCAAAACCACUCAGCUCCUGUCAAGCCCCGUUUUGGCCGCAUGGAAACCAGUCCAACAUUAUUGACUGUGAAUGGCUUCGGCGGCGAUGGCAGGAGCCCUGUCGACAGGUUGAUCAGUCCACAUUCUGCGCGUUCACAACAUUCCAGCUCGUCGGGGAAUCGCACGAUUACUGAAGCCGAAGAGAAAGCUCAGCCGCAAUCUCCAGUGCCUUCAGCGAUGACAAGCGUCGCGUCACCACGCUCUGGAACCUCGCCUUCACCAGCCAGAACGCUUAGCAAGAAGAUGCCAGGCUUCAUCAGGCGCCUCAGCAAUACUAUGGCUGCUGGUGAAAAGCCUGUCUUGCCGACAUUGACCACGGCGCCGUCUUCUGUGUACGCGCAAUCUGGUCCACCACGACCAAAGACCAGCCACGCCGAUCGCCUGACCCGAGGCAACAACGUCAGCCCCACUGUCGCUAGACCUCCUAGCAGUCGCGAUAGUAGACCUACGCCUCCGACGAGGGCGAAGACUGAAAUGAAUACAGCACGGCCAGCAUCAGCAGCUGCCACCGAUAAAGAGAGGCGAUUCUUGUUUAGACGCAACGAAAGCGCCAAGAAAGACCCUACAGAAGAACUUGAAGCAUCAGACACUCCGGCGCGAGUCGGUCUUCAGAAACGCAGAGGCAGCAUUAGAGACGUCAUGGCCUCGAGACGUCCAUGGAGGUAAACUUGCAGCAUACCGGCAUUGCUUUCUUCGUACGCGCAUGUAGAUUACUGACCUGUGUCAAAGAGGGCCAUGAAUGAGCCAUUGUGCAUGAUGGAAGCGUAACAAAACAAAACACGAUGGGCAAAUUGGGAUGACUUUACGAAUGCCUUUAUGGCUGAAACACGACGACAUGGC